AUGACAGGCCGCUUAGAUAUCGUCACCAAAGACGCGAAAGCGCUCGUGCCAGGUCGCAAGACAUUCUUUGAUCUUUCCGGCGAACUGCGAAACCAGAUCUACGACCUUGCGCUCGACAAGCAAUACCAACGCGUACCCUUGAACCCGUACUAUCUCAACAAACCCGACCCGUACAUUGCUCUACUACAGACAUGUUCUCAGAUAUACAAGGAAGCGCGGAGCUACCUCGUCGAAAAGCAGGUCGCUUACGUUCCAGUAAUGGCCGGCAUGCAGUACGACUACGGGACCGAGCUGAGUGAAGACUACGGCCUGAGCAAAGAGACGACAGACACCAUUGCAGCAUCACUGACCGACUUCAUGGAAGUGCAUUUCCAUUUGCACGUCGACAUUCUGCGUGUCUCGAUAGACCGCCGGUGGGACGGCAGCGACGACUUCCGUCUCAAUGAUGCAAACGGAGAAACAUGGAACAUAGUCGCCUUGCUCGACACCCUUCACCAAGCCAUCAAGCACUAUAUUCCGCACUCUUGGAACCUGUACCUUGAACACGAGCUGGGAAAGCGACGUGCGACGGUCCACCUCGACCAUCUACUCUCACUCUGGCCCAGGAUCUCACCAGAACACCCCUGCGUCCCUAUCGCUGCGAUGCGCGACCUCGUCGAUCUCAUGGCGAAAGACACCAUGACUGAAUGGCAGAUACGGUAUUACAUCCCCACUGGCCAGGCCGGUGUAUCGGUCAGAUACGGAUGCACGAUGGACGACGAUAUGGCCCACGCGAUUCGCGACACGGAACUAGCGCAACUACGCAGUUACGCGAAAUCAUGCGCACACGACAACAUCACCAUCAUCGCAGAGCUAUAUGGCGAAAACACCGCGUGGGAGUAUGGGGACAAGUCCGACAGCGUGACUAGGCUGCGUAGUCCCGCUACGGAUUUCUGGCCAAACUUGCACUUCGACCCUUGGAAAUACUCAAUGCCGCAUCAUCAGCAUUGGAACAGGUCUUAUCCCGGUAAGUGA